AAUUUGUUGAGUCAUGAUGGAAGCGGAUGCCAGCACUACCGCUGUACAGGAGGACAGCUCUGCAAAUUUGUUAUCCAAGCCGUUUUCUAGAUUAACUUUUAACAAGAAGUUGACAGACGUUUGGCCUUAAUUUCCAUGGAGAAAGAACUGUUAAUGGGUUUAAAAGCAAAGGACCAGUUGCAUGACGCUGCUAACAACCAUUUUUUCCAAAAGGACAUGAGAAUGGACUUCAUUUUCAACUAAUUUUCUGAUGGGUCGGCUUCCACGAUGGCUUCCACGCAAAUCGAGUUCCUCCAGGAUCAAGUGCAUCGGUUAAGUUUGGCGCUGGGACGAUACCAGGAGUCAUCAUCUGCUAACUUCUUCACUCAGACUGAAGAUGUGGGGUCAGAAUCUGCAGCACCGUGGCUUGCAGACAGAGGCAUCAUGGCGCCUCUGAUUGCGGAGUAUGACCGACACAUGCAGCAGAUGGAGGCUCAGCUUAAACUGUACCAGAGGCAGAUGGCGGAUGUCAAGGCCAGUCUGGAGCAGGUGGUCCGAGAGAACGAACGUCUCCAUGCAGAGCAGAGGGUUUCUGUGGAACGGCAGCUGCAGUCUCUCUCUGUGGGAGUGGAUGGGGAUGCUGCUGCAGAUGCAGCUACAGUUAACAACCUGGAAGAACAAGUCAAGUGCGCUGUCGAGGAGAAGGAGCGAGCGCUGCAGAUGUGGCAGGCAGCUGCGCAGGAGCUGGACCGUCUGCAGAAACUCUACCAGAGCACCAUGAGGGACGGACAACUGCACACCGCCGAGCGACAACACAUACAGAAUCAGCUGGCCCAGGUUCAACAGCACACUCAGAAACUGCAGACAACCAAUCAGAGCUUAGAAUCGACCAAUCAGCAGUUUCUGAAGACCAUCGCAGAGCAGAGCAGUGAAGUGGAGGAGCUCCGCAACCAGCUCAGGCAAGCCAAGCAGGAGCUGAGAACCGCCACAGCAAAAGUAGACGAGAUGACCAGACUCAUGCAGAAUGUUCAGGACCAAAUGCAGCGGACGGAGGAAGAUGCAGCUGAGGCUCAUGGGAGAGAGGAAGCCUCUGACCGCAGACUGCAGCAGCUACAGGCAGCACUCAGCCAAUUAGAGGGCCGGUUGAAGGGGGCGACGGCGGAGGCGGAGUCAGUGCGGAGGGAGCAGGCGGUGUGGGAAAGGAAGCUGGGGGAGUUGCAGAGCCGCUGUGCCACUUUAGAGGAGGAGAAAUUCGAAACUUUCCAGCGUCUCCGAAACUCCCUGCAGCUCGCCGAGGAGGCGUCAUUACAGAGAGACCAGGCUCAGCUGAGGGAGAAUCAGAGGGUGGAGGAGUUGGAGAGAAUGAAGGAAGGGAUGAAGCAGCUGGUGGAGGAAGCAGCAGCCCGCACUAGGAGAGAGGUGGAAGCGGUCCGUAAGCAGUACAACAGUCAGAUUCAUCGCCUGGCUGAAGAACUGUCUGCUCUACAGCUGGAAUGUGCGGAUAAAGAGACUCAGAUAGAGAGAGCACACAGAGAGAGGAAAGCUGUGGAGGAGGAGCUGGAGAAGGUGUAUAGAGAAGGCCGUUGUGGGGAGCCGGAGCUGAGGAAGAUGGAGGCACUUCAUCAGAGGUGCUUAAAUGCAGAGAGACAGAAGGAGGAAACGGAGCUCACUCUGAAUACCACACAGUCCAAUAUGAAGAAACUGGAGAUGGACUUCAGUGAGGAGCUCUCCCGGUGUCAGGAGGAGGUGCGCCGGCUGCAGGUGGCGCUGGCGAGCGCUCGGGAGGAGAGCAGCAGCAUCAGCGAGGAGCGUCUCAGCCUUCAGCAGGAGAACCAGCAGCUGCACAGAGACAUGGACACACUCCGCAAAGAGUGUGUGUUAGCACAGAGACAGGCCAAACAACAGGUGUCCUGUAUGCAGCAGGAGCUGAGUGUGAAGGAGCAGAGUCUGGAGGCCAGGCUGAGGGAGAUGGAGGAGAGCAGUAAGAGCUCUAAUGCGGGACUGAGCCGCCUGCUGCAAGCCCAGCAGAAAACCACCAACCGAUACAGAGAAGAGGCCAAGCAGCUCACACACACCUUCCAGAACACGGUCAGCUCGCUCAGAUCAGAGCUGAACAGGCAGAAGCAGAGGUGUGCGGAACUGGAGAUUCAGCUGGAAACCGACCACAAGAAAAUCCUGGAGUUUGAGAGACAGCUGGUGGAGCAUCAGGAGAAAAACGCUCGUCUACAGACACGCCUGAGCCAGGCUGAACACAGAGCCUCCAGUGCAUCUCAGCAGCUCAGUGUGAUCCAAAGGAGAAAAGCUGCUUCCAUGAUGGAUCUGGACACACUGUCAUAAAAGAGUCACCUGCCACUUCCAAUCACCAUGUUUACAUUUUUAUCACGCUAAAGAGAUUCUGUAGAAAAGGUAAAUGAUUUUAAACUGUAAAAUAGUGUUUAAAAGUAAGUUUUGGUAACUUUUUUAAAUAAGCAAGUUAAUUUGUUUAAUUUUGAAUAUAAAAUAUAAUUGAGAGGCA